GCACCUUUCCACACGCUUUCCCCGCGCACGUUAGCCACCACAAACCGCCAUGGCCUCCUCCCGCCCUCCGCCGCCAAAGCCUCUCGAUCUCGACCUCACGAUCGUCUCCGCCAAGCACCUCAAGAACGUCAACUGGAAAAACGGCGACCUCAAGCCCUACGCCGUCUUCUGGGUCGACCCGGACCGCCGCCUCGCCACCAAAUCCGACGACUCCGGCUCGACCCGACCCGUCUGGAACGAGCGCUUCACUCUCCCCCUCUCCCUCUCCCUCCACGACUCCCUCCUCACCCUCGAAAUCUUCCACUCCAAACCCUCCGACACUCCCAAACCCUUAGUCGGCUCCCUCCGCCUCCCGCUCCGUGACCUACCCGACCCGGACGACCCGACCCGAAUCCGCACCUUCGAGCUCGUCCGCCCCUCGGGCCGUCCCCACGGUAAGAUCCGCGUGAAGCUCGCGUUCCGUGAACGGCCUCCCCCGCCAGAUUACCAUAAUACCCCUCCUCCUCCGAGCUACUUCUACUCCAGUGCUCCUAUGCCUCUACAGCCUUCCGCUCGCGACUACCGCGCUUACUCGCCGUCGCCGUACAGCUCAUCUGUCACAGCUUCAGCUCCGACUCAAUCACCUUCGCCGCCACCGCCGCCGCCGUACCACUACAGCUCAUACUCAGAUCCGUAUUCAAGCUACUAUCCAGGGUACUACUCCAGCGCGCCGCCGCCGAUGCCACCGAGGCCGUUCUGGCAUGGUGGGCCGUCCGGUGGGCCUUCGGCGCCUCUGGAGUACUCGCAGUAUGAUCAGAAGGCGAAGAGUGGGAAGAUGGGGAUGGGGACCGGAUUGGCUGUGGGCGCAGUGGCCGGAGCUCUAGGUGGACUGGCAUUGGAGGAAGGAAUCAGGUAUGAAGAAGAUAAGAUUGCUGACAGGGUGGAGAAUGAGUUGGAGCGGGAGCAGAUUCGUGACGAUUACAGCAACUAUCGGGAUACACAGUACUGGAUUGUUAUGGAAAAGUUGAAUUUGAUCCUGCACGUUCAUGAACCCAACUCCAUCCUCCCUUCCUAUAAAUACCUCCUCAACCUCCCAUCACUCCUCACUCCCAAACCAUCAACUCCACUCUUCACUACUCCCCCGUUCCAGAAUUCGGCGAUCGGUUUUGGAACUACCAUAGAUUUCAAAAUGCCUUUUUCUUCGCCGAUCUCUAUCUCUGUGGUCUCGGAAUCCAUGGUGUUUCCUGACCAGACCUCAACUCUUGCAGACCUCAAGCUUUCGGUUUCAGACCUCCCCAUGUUGUCCUGCCACUACAUCCAGAAAGGCGGCCUCUUCACUAAGCCUUCUUUCCCGAUUCAAUCUUUAAUCUCGCUGCUUAAGACCGGCCUUUCUCAGACCCUCACUCGCUUCCCGCCCUUGGCCGGAAGGUUGAUUACUGACAAAGAUGGCUACAUACACAUCACCUGCAACGACGCCGGUGUUAAUUUUAUUCACGCAACUGCAACUGAAGUCUCCGUGCGUGACAUUCUGUCUCCGACUCACGUCCCGGAAUCGGUGAAGGAGUUUUUCGCAUUGGACAGGACUGUGAGCUACACCGGCCACCAUAACCCAAUUCUGGCCGUCCAGGUUACCGAGCUCAAAGAUGGAGUGUUUAUUGGUUGCGCCGUCAACCACGCCGUCAUUGAUGGUACAUCAUUAUGGAACUUCUUCAACACCUUCGCCGAGGUCUGCCGUGGUGGCAAGAGCUUCUCCAGAAAGCCGGACUUCACCCGAGAAUCAAUUCUGAUUUCCCAGGCCGUGCUUCAGCUGCCGGAAGGCGGCCCGAAGGUCACAUUCAACGUCAACGAGCCAUUGGCCGAGAGAAUCUUCAGCUUCAGCAGAGAAGCCAUUCUGAAACUGAAAGCCAGAACUAACAACAAGAAAUGGACCCAAAACGACGACGUCGCCGCCCUCGUCGAGAUUCUCGGGAAACAAAGCAACAACCCUUACAACACCAACAACAACGGCGCAAGAGUGACCGCAAUCUUCGAAAAUUGGUUUAACAACUGCAAGCCGCAAAUCACUGAAGACAAAACGACAGCCGAGAUCUCGUCGUUUCAGUCCCUCUGCGCGCUUCUAUGGAAGGCAGUGACGCGUGCUAGGAAACUGCCUGAGGCGAAAACGACGACUUUCAGAAUGGCGGUGAACUGCCGUCACAGGCUGGAGCCGAAGCUGGACGCGUACUACUUCGGGAACGCAAUCCAAAGCAUCCCGACGUACGCGUCAGCCGGUGACGUGGCGUCACGGGACCUGAGGUGGUGCGCGGAGCAGCUGAAUGAGAACGUGAAGGCGCACGGUAGCGAUAGGGUGAGAGAGUGCGUAGAGGAUUGGGAGAAGAACCCGCGGGUGUUUCCGCUAGGGAACUUCGACGGUGCAUCAAUGACGAUGGGUAGCUCGCCGAGGUUUCCCAUGUACGAUAAUGAUUUCGGGUGGGGCAGGCCGUUGGCGGUUAGGAGCGGAAGGGCGAAUAAAUUCGACGGUAAGAUCUCGGCGUUUCCAGGGAGGGACGGAGCAGGGACCGUUGAUCUGGAGGUGGUUUUGUCGCCGGAAACGAUGGCCGGGUUGGAGUCUGAUUUGGAGUUCAUGCAAUACGUGUCAAACUAAUAGGUGGUCAGGUGGGAAUAAUCUUGUGCAGUUCAGCAUGGGAUUGUUGUGUGCAAAGUGGGGUGUUGACUUUGGGUUGACGGUGUUGAUCUGGUGUAGGACUUGUCUAUUUGUGACUACUUUUAGUUUCUUUUUUUCUCAAUUUCUGGUCUUUGGGUAUUUUCUUGAGUCUAUUAGAUAUAAUGUAUUAAGCUUGUUAACUAUUUUAAUUAACAUUAUCUUUACCAAGUGCCAUUUGUUUCUAUAUGAUGAUUUGGGAAGUGAUAAGUCAUCAAGUACUCUAGUACUUAUCUAAAG